AUGUUCAGUGUACGGGAAUUUGCCCUUUCUGUGAUAGUUAUUGUGAGGAUGACUGGCAUGUCUUCUUUGGGUGUCCAGAUACUUAUUAAGGAAGAUAAGAAUACGGCGGGUCGAUUUGCUGUUACUAUCGAGUCGAUGUGGAAAAGUAGGAAUGAUCUUAUUUGGAAUAAUGAGCGUGAGAAUGACUCCCGAGUAGGUUGGCUUGCUCAUCAUAAUUGGCAAGAAUGGCUUUCGGCGCAACGAGUUAAGGAUAAUAAUAAUGGUAUUCAUCAGCCUCUAAAUUGGAAUCCGCCUCCCCAAGGUUGGUGCCUUAGAGAUGAUCUCGACAACUUCAUUGCCGCUGGAGUGGCUUGGGACCCUGGUAACCUUUCUGUUCUUGAAGCGGAAGCUUUAGCUCUUAAAGAAGCGAUCCAAGGAUUUGUUCCGCUAAAUUUAGGUAAUAUUAUCUUCGAAAGUGAUUCUCUUGGGGUGGUGCAAGCUUUUCAUUCUGUUACCGUAUGUAUUUCGAAGUUUUAUACUAUAAUAAAAGAUAUUCAGUUACUAUUACAAAAUUUUCCCAACUUUGAGGUGAAGUUUGUCAAACGUCAAGCAAACAUGGUUGCUCAUUUGUUAGCGAAGGCGGCCAAUUCUUAUACUAGACGUAGUAUUAUGCAUGUAAUUCCUCCUUGUAUUGAACUUUUGAUUAUGAAUGAGAAAAGUUAG